GCAAACGGUCCUUCCUUCUAACGCGUGCUAAGAAAUGGCUGCUCGCAAAGAAACAACCCCGGUUCCCACCGCCGCAGUGGCCACCACCAGCGGAACUCUGGACUCUCCGGUCAAACAGAUCCAGAUCGAGGGACUGGUUGUGCUAAAGAUUAUUAAGCACUACCAGGAAGAGGGCCAAGGGAGCGAGGUGGUUCAGGGCGUCCUGCUGGGCCUGGUCGUCGAAGACCGGCUGGAGAUCACAAACUGCUUCCCCUUCCCCCAGCACACUGAGGAUGAUGCAGACUUCGACGAAGUCCAGUACCAGAUGGAGAUGAUGCGUUCACUGCGUCACGUCAACAUUGACCAUCUGCAUGUGGGCUGGUACCAGUCCACCUACUAUGGCUCCUUUGUCAGCCGGGCGCUGCUCGACUCCCAGUUCAGCUACCAGCACGCCAUUGAGGAGUCGGUUGUUCUUAUCUAUGACCCGAUAAAGACAGCUCAAGGCUCCCUGUCCCUCAAGGCUUACAGGCUCACUCCAAAACUAAUGGAGAUCUGCAAAGAGAAAGAUUUUACACCUGAGGGCUUGAAGAAGGCCAACAUCGGCUUCGAGCAUAUGUUCGAGGAGGUGCCCAUCAUCAUCAAGAAUUCCCACCUCAUCAGUGUCAUGUUGUGGGAGCUGGAGGAGAAGUCCACGGUCGCCGACAAGCACGAACUGCUCAACCUCUCAAGCAGCAAUCACUUGGAGAAGAGCCUUCAGCUUCUGAUGGACAGAGUCGAUGACAUGAGCCAAGACAUUGUCAAAUUUAACACCUACAGCCGCAACCUGAGUAAGCAACAGCAGCAGAAACACCAGUACGUCCAGAGGCGGCAGCAGGAGAACGUCCAGCGACAGACCAGAGGCGAGCCCUCCCUGCCUGAGGAGGACAUCACCAAAAUGUUCAAGCCUCCCCAGGCUCCACCACGCAUGGACACGCUGCUUAUUGCAGGGCAAAUUAACAACUACUGCCAGAACGUCAAGGAAUUCACCUCCCAGAACCUCGGGAAGCUGUUCAUGGCGGAGGCUCUGCAAGGCCACAACUAGAGGAGACGACAGGGCGAGAGGGGGAGAAGCAAGUGCAAGAAAGAAAGGAAAGAUAAUAGAGAUGCAAAACCACUUCUGCAACAGCUGGAGGAACACUGCGCCUGUGUUUGUUUUCUAAGAAUUUAUUCAUUGUUUUUAUGCCUAACUACAUCUUGGAUACAAAUGUAUCUUUGAAAAUCACUUGAUUUUGAUUUGAAUAUUUGAAUAAAAGACUUUCAUCUCUA